AGACCGCGGCCGGGGUCGCGUCGGGAAUCCGCCUGACCUCGGGGUUGCGGGCGCUGUUUGCUCGUCCCGCUGAGGGCUCCCUGCUUGUUUGCCUUUUUUUUUUUUUUUCCUUAAGGGGAUGGAGAGCGUAAGGAAGGAAUGGCCAGAGUACCGACUGGACGCCAACCGGGGCAUUUCUGAUGAUGGACGUUUUGAAGACCUGUGUGCUUAGAAGAAGUGCUUGUGCCGCCGCCUGCUUCUGGAGAAGGAAAGUUAUCCCAAAGCCACCAUUUAGAGGCAUUAGAACCACGUCUGCGAGGAGCACGGUUAUGCCCGCUUGGGUGAUAGAUAAAUAUGGAAAGAAUGAAGUCCUUCGAUUCACCCAGAACAUGAUGUUGCCUAUCAUACACUAUCCAAACGAAGUCAUUAUCAAAGUCCACGCUGCCAGUGUAAAUCCUAUAGAUGUUAAUAUGAGAAGUGGUUAUGGAGCCACAGCCCUAAAUAUGAAGCGUGAUCCCCUGCAUAUGAGAACCAAAGGAGAAGAGUUCCCCCUGACUCUGGGUCGGGAUGUCUCUGGUGUGGUGAUGGAGUGUGGGCUUGAUGUGAAGUAUUUCCAGCCUGGAGAUGAGGUCUGGGCUGCAGUUCCUCCUUGGAAGCAAGGCACUCUCUCAGAAUUUGUUGUGGUCAGUGGGAAUGAGGUUUCACACAAGCCCAAAUCGCUCACUCAUACUCAAGCUGCCUCCCUGCCAUAUGUGGCUCUCACUGCCUGGUCUGCCAUAAACAAGGUCGGCGGCCUGAGUGACAGGAACUGCAAGGGGAAGCGUGCGUUAAUCUUGGGUGCGUCAGGUGGAGUUGGUACUUUUGCGAUACAGGUAAUGAAAGCAUGGGGUGCGCAUGUGACGGCCGUUUGCUCGAAAGAUGCCAGUGAACUUGUGAGGAAGCUUGGAGCAGAUGAAGUCAUUGAUUACACAUUGGGAAGUGUGGAAGAGCAACUGAGAUCUCUAAAACUGUUUGACUUUAUCCUUGAUAACGUUGGUGGAUCUACUGAAACAUGGGCUCUAGAUUUUCUCAAGAAGUGGUCAGGAGCUACCUAUGUGACUCUGGUGACUCCUUUCCUCCUGAACAUGGACCGACUGGGCGUUGCUGAUGGCAUGCUGCAGACAGGAGUCACCGUGGGUACAAAGGCAUUGAAGCAUCUCUGGCAAGGAGUCCAUUACAGAUGGGCCUUCUUCAUGGCCAGCGGUCCAUAUCUAGAUGAAAUUGCAGAACUGGUGGAUGCAGGAAAGAUUCGGCCAGUUAUUGAACAGACGUUCCCAUUUUCUGAAGUCCCAGAAGCCUUCCUGAAGGUGGAGAGAGGCCACGCCCGAGGAAAGACUGUGGUUAAUGUAGUUUAAAUACAUAUAUGGGCAAGCCGUCGGAUUGCCGCUCUCUGCUAGCCGAGUGCCUCUGACCCAGACCUCAAGCCCUCACCACACAUUCUCCUGAGUCAGAUUUUAAGUUUCAUGAUCCGUGUAAAAACCUACACCUGGACUGGUGAGAGAGCUCACAGAUAAAGUUGCCCGCAGCGCAAGCAUGGCUGCCUGAGUUCAGUUCCUGGAGCCCACACGAAGGCGAACUGAUUCCACUACACUGUUCUCUCUCUCCUUCCCCCACCAUGUACACACCUCCACAGAGAUGAAGAAAAUGCAUAAUGCUUGUGUGGGCACACGCGCCAGGCGCACUUGUGGACAUCACAGAGAACCUUCAGGAGCCAGUGCUAGCCUUUACCCCCGGAGUCGUCUCACUGGCCCAAUAAAAAACAUUUUUAAAAACAUGUGUUUUAAAAAAUACUUGAAAAUUAUUUAAGUUGACAUACAGAAUAGAGUUUCUUCAUGGCAGUCCACAUGUAGAUUCAUGGAAUGUAGCCUUUCGUGCUAAUCAUUUGCCAGUGCUCAGGCCAGAACUGUCAGCUCCUGCACGUGCCUGCAGGCAGUGGGAAGUACGUGGUGGUUUGUUUUAAUUUAUGUUGAUUUUCUGUCAUGUGUAUGGGUAUUUGCCUAUGUGUAUGUGCACCACAUGGCAUGUCUUGUACCUGGAGCGCCCAGAGGUGGGUGUCAGGUCCUCUGGAACUGAAUUAACAGGUGAUUAUGAGCUGCCAUGUAGGCACUGGGAAUUGAACCUGGGUCCUCAGGCAAAGCAGCCAGUGUUCCUAACUGCGGAGCUGUCUCCAGCCUCUGCACGGUGGUUUUGUUUUCAUAAGCCAUGGUUUGACCCAGCUCUGUAGAUUUUUGUGGCCUUUUUUUAGCUCAAACCCCACUAUCUUACCUUAAUGUCUGUGAGAUUCUAAAAUGGGUCAGAACAUCUCCCAAGGACCUAUAUGUGCAGCAUACACUUGUGAUAAUGUUGGGAGGUGGCAGAACUUUAAGGUAGGAAUUAGUGGGAGGAAGUGGGGAGGCGCUGUUGGAGGAGAUACCAGGACCCAAUUCUUUCUUGCUUCUAUGUCCUGAUCGCCUGUAGGCAAGUCUGGGGAGCGUUCUCUUGAUUGAUGGUUGAUGUGGAUGGGUCCAACCCACUGUGGGAGGUGCCAUCCCUGGGUAAGUAGUCAUGGGGUGUAUAAGAAACCAAACUCAGUAAGGUAAGGGGAAGACAGCCAGUCAGCAGUGCUACUCUGCGGCCUCUGCGUCAGUUCCUGCCUCCAGGUUCCUUCAUUCCUUGAGUUUCUGCCUCUAUGAAGUACUGUAAUCUGUGAGAUGUAAUAAACCCUUUC